AAGGAUGGAAAUGCGUGGAGCCUAGUGCCAGUAGCGACGUCGAGGGUGGCCUCGUCGGCAGCUACGCACGUUUUUGGCAACGUUCGUCGAUGCCCUUAGCUCUGAUCGUGGCAAUGGUGUUGAUCGUGUGCACGACGUCGACGUAGCUGCCGAGAGCCGGCGCGCGACUCGACGACUCCUGUUCGCGCAGUGCUGCCGUGACGGUCGAUCGAAGCGCACCGCUGAAACCUGGGAAUGCCACGCAACCUUCCAUUUUAACGACUCCACGAUGCAUCUGCCCGGCUGCCACGUCGUCGUCCCGUGCCCUCCGUUCGAGUCUCCGGAUGGUUAUCUGAGUUACAGGAGGCUCGUGUAUCGGCAAGUACCAGCGUGAACCUUCUUACGCUAGCUGCCGCCCAGAAACUCGUCCGAACCAGCGGUAUAUCCACCCUGUGGUUUCCUGACUCGUUCGUGAACAGUACCGUAUCUACCUUUUGGAAAUUGUUCUCGUUGAAUUAGAAUAUUUCGAGUCUCGUUGACGAAUGACGAAAACAAGGUAAAAGGAACGUUCUACUAUCGCAAGAGGGACAGAGUCGAAUAAAGAAGCCUGUUUCCAGUGAAGUAUUUUUCUGAUUAUAUUGUUAAUAAAGUGAUCAGGCGAAUCUGCGCGCUCGAUCGAUCGUAAUCGCAAGGCCGUUGCUUGUGCAAGGAACAUAAACACAAUGGUUAAGUAGUGGAGGCUCGAUAAGGGCUGCUCGAGUGCCUGAUCACCCCCUGGUCUGGUUCUGUUGCAGCUGCGUACCGAGAACACUCUCUCUUCUUCGUCGAUAACCAGCCAAUAAACGGCGGGGAGAGCACGCUCGCGAGGCAGAAGCAGCGUCGGACCCGCGGUCGCUCUACUACGUCUCUCUCUCUCUCUCUCUCUCUGCCUCUCUGUUCUUCGCUGUACUCCAAAGGGUUCGUUGACACUGUGGCUAGGAGAUCGGCUUUGGAACUCGUUGGCCGCCGGAAAAGGUCAUCGACGAUACAAAUAUAGAAACGUCGUGGAACGAGGCCGACAGUGAAGCAAUAUCGAAGAGGAGAACGGAAGCGCGGCUGUUUAAGGAUCCCUGCCGUGUCUCGUUUGUGAAUCGAUAGGAAUUUUUCUCCUCUAUUAAGCGGAAUCUCUAACGAAUCAUCAUCCUGAUAUACGGAAGAAUCUUGAGAAUCUCAUGUGUGUUUAGGAAAACAGUUCGAAGAAGUUGUUGUUGCUAUCGCGAACCGUGCGUACAACGAGUGAUAGAAAACAGAAUCGGAGAGUAAAUGCCUGCCAUAGAAGCAAUAAGCGAGCCUGGCUCGUUUAAUCUGCAACAUCAAUAAAUAGGACUAUCGUAGAAAUCAAACGUACUGCUGAGGGUGUGAAACGAUCGUCUUCCACGUGUGAUACAAUACGAUACAAUCUCCUUGAACGAUUCUUAAACGAUCAUCGUUCAGGAAACGGAAUAAUAGAAUAAUUGCGAAAUAAAUCUGCGCCGUUGAGUACACAAACAAAUAAGUAAAUAAGUAAAUGAAAUCUUCGACGUUGAAUAAAUAAGUAGUUCGUAAAGACUCGGAAGAUUAUACCGUGAGAGCAAAACUCGUGGUAGAAAAAGACACGAGAAGGGUGCAGUGAGGUGGAUACACGAGGGUGCACUCCCUUCGAACAGCGGGAGCCAUUGAAACUAAGGUUUCUCGAGGUCGGAGGUCUCUGAUGGUACAGAGGGUGACUCAGCACCGGUGGACGAGCGCGAAAAAUCAGCGCGGUCCCCGUAUCCCAGAUCGGCAUCGUAAUCGUCGAGUAACAUCGUCAUGGCUCCACGUAUCGUCAUCUCGACGAUGAUCGCGUUUGCGUUGAUCCUUGCUUGUUGGUCUGCUCAAGGUCACGCGGGUUUAGCGAGGUUCUACGAGUCCGUGCCUGAUCUACAACCGAACAGACGAAUUCCUAACAACGACUACGCGAUUCAUGGACCGAUCGUCGACGAUCAUGAGUUCCCUCGAGAUCUCAGGGAGCCUUAUCCAGGCAAAAGUUUCGGUCCUAUGGGUCCCAUCGAUGGUUCGUUGCCCGAUGACGUGUCUUUUCGAAGUUUGGCCUCCGGACAAGACGAAGCAGCGAAUUCCAUGGAACAUUUGUCGUCGAAUCAGGCGAUGGAAGGGCACGAAGAUGAAUCUAAGCCUAGCAAACCGGAGUAUAAGAUCAUGUCUGUGGAGUUUCAUCGAGUCGAGACACCGUUUAUCAUUGGAAUCUGGAUCUUCUUCGCGAGUCUCGCGAAAAUAGGCUUCCACAUGACGUCAAAGCUGAGCAAGAUCUUUCCGGAGUCCUGUUUGCUGAUCGUUGUCGGCGUCGUCGUUGGUGUCUUACUGUUCCAGGCGAGCAGCGUCCACGUGUCACCCUUAACUCCCGACACGUUCUUCCUCUACAUGCUACCGCCCAUCAUCCUGGAUGCUGGCUAUUUCAUGCCGAACCGACUAUUCUUCGACCAUCUGGGAACGAUACUCCUGUUCGCCGUCAUUGGGACUAUAUUUAACACCUUGUCGAUAGGAGCUUCGUUAUGGGUGUUAGGUAAGAGCGGCCUGUUCGGUUUCGAAACUCCGCUGUUGCAAAUGUUCCUGUUCUCCGCGUUGAUCAGCGCCGUUGACCCUGUCGCCGUGCUAGCGGUCUUCGAGGAAAUUCACGUGAACGAAAUCUUGUACAUCGUCGUAUUCGGGGAGAGCUUGUUGAACGACGCUGUCACCGUCGUACUGUACCACAUGUUCGAGGCGUACAACGAGAUAGGACCAACGGAAAUACUCUACACGGACGUACUGUCAGGAUUUGCUUCGUUCUUCGUGGUGGCGAUCGGCGGCACGAUAAUAGGAGUGAUAUGGGGCAUCGCAACUGGAUUCGUUACGAGGUUCACUCAUCAGGUUCGCGUGAUCGAGCCCAUCUUCAUAUUCGUCAUGGCUUACCUGGCCUACCUAAACGCUGAGAUUUUUCACAUGUCCAGCAUUCUGGCGAUCACCUUCUGCGGCAUCACGAUGAAGAAUUACGUGGAGGCGAAUAUCUCGCACAAAUCGCACACAACCGUCAAAUACACGAUGAAGAUGUUGUCGAGCAGCUCGGAAACCAUCAUAUUUAUGUUCCUCGGAGUCGCUACGGUGAACAACCGUCACGACUGGAACACGUGGUUCGUCGUCAUGACCAUCGUAUUCUGUUCGGUUUAUCGAAUCGUCGGCGUGAUCUUACUGACAGCCUUGGCUAAUCAAUUUCGACUGCACAAGCUGAACAAGGUGGAGAAGUUCGUGAUGUCUUACGGUGGCUUACGAGGUGCUGUAGCGUUUGCUCUGGUCCUGCUGAUCGACCCAAAGCACGUGUCCUUGCAGCCAAUGUUCGUCACCACUACAAUAGCAGUCAUCUACUUCACGGUGUUCAUACAGGGAAUCACGAUCAAGCCGCUCGUGAAAAUCCUGAACGUGAAACGGGCAGAAAAGAAGAAACCUACCAUGAACGAGAGGAUCCACGAACGAAUAAUGGACCACGUGAUGGCUGGGGUCGAGGACAUUUUGGGCAAGCACGGCAAUUACCAUGUUCGAGACAAAUUCAAGCGGUUCGAUAAUAAAUUCGUUCGUCCGUACCUAGUGAGGGAUCACUGUGGCGCGGAACCGAAAAUAUUGGAAACGUACUCGAAGCUCGCGAUGAAAGACGCUUUGGAUUACAUUAGAAGGAACGCGUCCACCAUUGGCAAUAUCAGCGGAACUGAAAGCAUGUCCGCGAUAUUCCGCAACUAUAGCAACACAGGACAGUUCAAUGGAAGUCCGAGUUGCAGCCAGCUUGAAGCGGGCUGGAAUAUUGAUCUCCAAGAACUGGAGUACAACCCUUCCAAGAAGGACUUGACGGACGCCAGGAUCCACCACCUAUUGGCCGAAGAACUUUGCAAGCCAUACAAGAGGCAUGGAACGAAACUGUUGCAGCAUCGGCGUCUAAGCUACAGCCGACACGCGGUGAACGAUCGCGAUCUCUCGACCCAAGUCAAUUACAAAAUGCACAUGAACAUACGUCGGAUGAUGGGAGAGCACAAGCAUCGUCACAAGCGCAGUAAAAAAUUGCUCAAAGACGGUAAGCAGAAUCACGUGAGUUUUCCGGAGUUCCAGCAAAAUGGCUCGACGAAGUUGUUCACACAAGAUUACAUCAACGGCGUCCUGUACGAAUUGGAGAACGGAGACACCUCAAAGCCUUCGAGCAAAGAGGACUGGGACUCGGCGAUUACUUUCACAGCUCGUACUUCCGACUCGUUGAACGUGAAUGUGGACAACCACCACGGCGCCACCACCACUACCUCAAUGGACACCAUAAAUACCGACGAUCCCGACAUGAAAUUAGGACGCGACGAAACCUACAGAGUAACGACACCAACAGCCACGGAGACCAUGUUGCCAUGGAAGCGAGAAGACGAUUACGAUUCCGGGCACCCGAUUAAACAGAAUGAAUUCCCCGCUUGGUGUUCAAACAAGGAGUACCUGGCUUACAGUUCCCCGUCAGCGACAUUCUUAGGUGGAAUCGAGCAGCCAAAGGUCCAGUCAGUAAUUGGUCUAUUCCGUGGUGAGAGCGUAUGCACCCCGGAUGGUAUCGAUUGCCAGGAAACUGUGGACGAGCGUGACGAGUACACGUUGACGGGGACAGAACAGACGGAGGAUUCGCCCACGAAAACCUUCAGUGAAUACGAGAAAGACAGCAAAAAGGCACCCGCUAGGCGAGUAUCCAUGAUGGAGCUGUGCUCCAUAGAGAAGUCGCAAUCGGACAAGUGUACGGAGGACGGAUCCCAUUCCCUGCCAGAGUGUUGGAAUCCUCAACGGAUCCGAAUGAGCUCGUUCGCAUACUCGGCCCAGGUUCCCAGUCUCUCUACCGCCCUUAUCACCUCUUCCUCCGAAUCGUCGGAGGAGAUAGACGAGGAGGAAGAGAAAGCUUGACCUUUGGGGAUCGUCGAGGAACAGACGUCAUCGUUCGCGGUCGACGAGCGUCGUCUUCGUCGGCCAUGGCGGCGGCCACCUCGGCGUUCGUUGUUCUCGUCCCUCUUACGACGACCUAGCGCUCCGGUCUGAACAGAGGACGUGCCUCUAAUAUCUUUCGCCCCAUUCUAGGGAGAUACGAUCAACCUUUCAACCGAAAACGAAAAUAACAUUUGUUCCCCCUUUGACGAUCGUCGAUCUCGCUCCCUUCGAGGAUGGACACUUUAAUAGAACUCACACCGGAGACGACGAGCUGUUUUGACAGCUCUUGUUCUCUUCCACAGGACCAGAUUACAUGACGGAAAGUACCCCUCGUUUUGACUACCGAUGCUUUCAUUCGCACGCAGAAACGAACGCUUUGGAGUUGUACGGGGUGUCCCAAAAAUUGGUCCCUUAUUUGUUUUUUUAAAUAAUUUCCGAGGGAAAUAAAAAAUUGUUGGUUCUUUGCGCAAGGUAGAAUAAGAGAAGCUUUACCUUCUUGUCUUUGUACAAUUUCUUAAUGGAAUAAGGUAGAUACUUUUUAGCAAUAAUUUAUUGAAUCGUUGGAAUUGUGUUUCUCUCUCUUUGGUCUACCAGCCACGGUGAGGAAAUCUUCAAGACGUUUGAUAAUUUAGAGAAUAAUAGGAUUACUCGACGCAAGUUCACGACCGAAAGAGAAAUAAAGUUAUGCGACUGAUGAUUCAUUGAUCAAUGUAUGGGACAAUCUCUCGGGACACCCUAAAUUAGAUCGUCCAAUAAGUUCGUCGUCUCUACGACGUUAUUUUAUGAAUACCGAACGAUAAGCGAUCAAGCUGACCAAUGACCAACCUUCGGUAAGAUCAAGGCCAACCCAGAAAAAGCACUUGUAAAGAACGAUUCGGUUGAUAUCAUUUUGAUUCCUGCAUAUUUAAGAACCGUGACUGAGAAUGAAAUUCUAGUACAAGGCAGCUCAGUCUGACGUUUUGAAUAUUCCAGAAUUAACUAUCCAUCGAUAUCCAAAAAAGGAUGAGACUGGACCGAAGUUAAAAACAUCUAAAUAUCAAAGAAAUGUGAACGAACUUAUUAGGCGACCUAAUACGUUACUUAGGUAGAAUUCUUCGAUCUCAGAGGAGACAAACAAGUAUUUUCUCGGUUGGUUUAAUCGAAAGAAUCGUUGACACAAUGAUAUAUAAUACAGUUGACGUUGUAGUAGCGUGAUUUUCGAUAUAGCGAUGUUACCAUUUUUCGACGAGAAUGAUUCAGUCGAGGUUGCGUUCUCUUUUGAUACUCGGUGAUCGUGUGAAUCCAUUUUGAAUAUUCGACCAUGAGAGUGAUACGAGUGAAAUAAAGAGUGCAAGAGCGAGAGAAAGAGCGAAAGUAAGUAAGAAAGAAAGAAAGAGAGAGAGAGAGAGUGCUAUUUUUUUAAACCGACGAUACAUCUCGUUUCCUCCGUAGCACGACUGAUGGAUGAAAAGUAUUAACGAAUAGACUCGGAGGAACGUUUUUUGGUAGUUGAUUUUUCAAAUGCUUCCUGAGAAGAAUGAUUCGUCCAUUGGAAGGGAGAUGCUUUCGAUCAGCAGGAACGAAAGAUUUUUGAACCACCGACGAUUCUUCGUCGAUGUGUCGCUUUCUGCGUGCUGAGAAAGAUCGUGAACCAGAAAAAGCACGCGAUUUCUUUCUCUUAGACGCCAUAAUAGCGCGUAUCCCUUGUAGCGACGACUCGUUUUAACGAUCGCUCAUUAACUUGGUAUCGUGGCCUUAAGAUUCCUAAAAAUAUCCUAGCAGCAAACUCUGAACCUUCCGGUAUAUUGUAAAGAGGAAGAAGAGGAAAAACAAGGAGAAUGAGAUUGAAGGUAUAAAAAGGGUGACUUGUAUUUGUGGGAAAAACUCGAGGGACCUUGAUACGUGUUGCGUUUAAAUGACGAUUAAAUCAUGACAUGUGAACGUGGUGAUCUCUUUCUUUUUUCUUUUCUUUUUUUUUUCUUUCUUUCAGUUUCUUUGGUAACACCAACGCUAAAUAGUCUUUCGAAAAUGAAGUAUAUAUAUAUAAAUAUAUAUAUGUAUAAUAUGUACAAGUUUGGUAUUAUACUCGAUACGCAACGCUGAAAUCGUCGUGCGAUUCGCUUUCGAGUUUAUAGACGCGAGUCUAGAUUUAGACACGCCAUAUGGCGUAUAUACACUGAUGUAAAGUAAAAACGGGGACGAUUAAUUAUUCCUGUUGUAUUUUGAAGAUAUGGAAAUGUUGGGGAGAAGAGAACGAGAGACUUGAGGCUGUUCCUUUGUCUCGAUAUUUCGUAAGAGCGUAUUUUCUAGGAUUUAUUUAUUAUUCAUAUAACAGAAAUUAAGAAUACAAUUGAUCGAUAGAUUUCAAUUUAUCUUCAUUUCAGAGAAUAAUCUAUUUAUUAUUCAGUUUGUUCGAUAUUAUUACUUUUAUUUCUACACAGCGAGAGUUGAAAAUACCAUUGAUUGACAAAUUCCAAAUUGUCUGCAUUUCGGCUAUAUCUGUUUGUUCACUUCGUUCUAUGAAAUAUUCUUCUCUUUGUAGAAUAGAAAAUACACUGAUUCUUCGAGAAUUUCUUUUUCUUGUGUAACGAAAAUAAAAUAAUUGCGCGUAAUAUACGAUCGACCGAUGAAAUCCAAAUUGAUCUGCAAAUGGAAAAAAAUUGCCAUUUAUUUAUAUUUACCGAACAUUCGCUCUAUCGAACUUCUCAGUUUUCUUCCAACGAGACUUCCGUAUUUUCAAAAACAACCAUGUCCCCCUUUAGAUUACUCAUUUUACUCUCACGCUAGAUUUUUUGCAGCGAUUCUUGCGAAUUUUCAACUACGAAAAAAAAGAAAAUACCACACUCGGCAUCCAAAAGUCGUUAAGCCUCGACAUGUAUACUCGACGUGACGUUAUACCAAAAGUACGCGUAAAUUUUAGAGAAAACUUGUUGCCUAUCAUUAUCUGUUCCCAAAGAAGUUCACGAGGAUCACUGCAUCAAACUAGUUCGAACACGGUGAUCUCUCGAAUCAUACAGACGAAGAAUCUCUACGAUCGAAACAACAACAAGAAAACGACAAAGCAAAGUGUCGAAAAGAUGCUGAAAAAUAAGAAUACCGAGCAUCUCUAAUAGAACUCACCAUAUUACAAUCGUCGAAAUCUUUUUCACGCUGUCGAACGCAAACUCACAUACAUACAUACAUACACAGACAGACAGACAUGAAAGUUGUUUAAACGAAACGCUCCUCCUCUCCUUAAGUAUGGCCUUAAAAGAAGCAGAAAACAGAAAAUAAAAAGUAACUAACUAAAUAAAUAAAUAACUAACAGUCUCGUGUAGAAAAACAGCCGCGGAAGCGUCGUAGGUCUGUACUUAACGCAUUCAAUGAAACCACCGUAUGUACAUAACGAGACAAGAAACAAAAGAUACUGGGAAAGAUCGUAAGAAGGUCGAGGGAAAAGCCAAAAAGAGGAAAAAGCAAGAAAUUUUUCUUAGCAAGAUAAGAUAGCAAGUUAAUCGCGAUGACUAAUUAGUCAUAACAAAUUUGUUACGAUGGUUUAUCGCGACGCGAAACGAGUGAAACAAACAUUGUGACAAGACGAAGUGUGAAACUAUGGCGGGGAGCUGCCAAGGGAAACUCUAGAAUUCCGGUUUUUAUGAGAAUUGAAGAUAUUCAUCGAUUAAUUAAUAAUUCUACGCUGGCACUCGCCAGCCAUUGAUUAGAUGCUUACGGAAUUGAACGAAAUCGAUUUGUUAGCUUUCGAUCGUUUAGAGAUUUAAUGUCAUCGUCGAUGGCGUUUGAAUUGGUCGAAGAUACGAUCGUCGAGAAAGAUCGAAGAAACUCCGAAGAGUGUAAACUUUCGUGGAAAUGUAAUAGUGGUUUAAAUAUGUACACCGAGUUACUUUAAUAUUUAAUAUAAGAUGUUAAAUAUGAUAGGUAGUUGAUUAUUUUAACGGGCGAUAAAUUAGAUUAAAUUGAAUUAAUGGUUGAAUCGAACGAAGUUAAGUAUGAAAUUAAAUUAAAACGUCAAAUUAUCUUGAUAGUGGACUUUAAGAACAACUUUGGAAAUAUUCAUGAAGCGGAAUACGUUGGAAGGUAGUAGAAAAUAAUCGUAGCGUGGACAUAAUCAUGUUUAAUACCGUGUCUUAACUGGUAUUUCAAAAGUUGCUCUUAUAAAGUUCUGCCACUUCUAUGAACGCGCGUAUACGCACGUUUUCUCUAGAAUUAAUCACAAAGAUAUACGUAUUUACGUAUAAAAGAAAAAGAUACUUUCCACGAUAGGAGUUUUAGCGCUUCCAAGUUUCGAAAUAUUUUCCAUUCCGCAACUUUUCUAUCUAAUUAUCUCGAAAGUAAACUUUUCCGCGAAAUGAAUUUAAAGGAACUUUAAAAGCAUUAAAAGUCGCGUCCAAGUACUUUUAGCAAUAUGAUGAUCGAUCCGAAUAAAAUUUCAUCCCUGAUAGAUUUUCACUUUCGAUCUAUGAACGCUUCGAUCGUUCGCGUAAAAAUUACUCUGUAAGCUGCUUCCUUAUUACGAUAACGUUACCUUGUUGCGCGAUCGAAUGAAAAAUAUUUCUACUUGGAAAGAAAAGUGUCCUGACAAAUUGUAUCUUCGACCAAGACCGCGAUUAACGCGAUGUCACAGAGUUCUUGUCAAUUAUGGCAGUAGGAUUUCCUUCGAAUUCGUUGUUUAGGGAGGACAUUUUUCACGCACAUCUCGCUUGAAUAAUAUUUGCUUCAAAAGCGAGGGGUUUUUUGGUAGAGAUAAAGAAGGAUUCUCAAUUUUCGUAAAAAUCGCGGCAGAGUUCGAAAUUUCCCUUCGCGCGAUAUAUUCCUGGCGGCCUCUAGUUACCUAGAUCAGACAAAUGUCGGACUAGUCUCUAGACGCUAGUCUUUACGCUGUUGAUUUGUUAAAAUAAAUGUUUAUUUCGUAAAAAAAAAAAAAGAAAUAACGUGCUUGUCUCGCAAUUAUCUUGGCGCUUGAAAAUUUCCUUCCCUUCUUCGACAUCUUCCUCACAUUUAUCCUACGUUCCUCCUUUCUAAUUAAAACAUAAAACUAAGCAGAUACGUUUUUGAAGUCGCCGAGCAAUUUAGACUAAAACGCAUUUCAACGUGUAAGUAGAAUGGUCACUGAUCUCGCAACUGAGCCAAAUUUUUGGCACUUUGACCAAAGUUUAUUAUUCAACGAACUAUCUUUCCUCUUUCUAAGAUCUAUUUAUAGCUUCUGAACUAAAAGCUUGCCAAAGAUUAUGAUAAAAACCAACGCGAAAUUUUUGAAACAUUAUGGAAAAAAUAUUUUACGAUAAAUUCACAAUUUUCCACUCGUUUGAAAUUGAAAUGAAAAGAGGAAAGAAUAGAUAGAAAUUAAAAAGCGUAAUAAUAAAUGAAACUAAAAAAAACCAUCAAGGACAACGAACUAAGCCUUCAACUAACUCGUAGCCAACUUCUCGCUGAUUAAAGCCGCAGCAAUAAAACGACUAGCGGCUCGUUAAUGAAACUGAUGCUUCGACGAUCGUUUCCAGAUCGAACGGUUAGAUCAGAAAGAACCAAACUUCGCGAAAACGUCUUAGAGAAGCUGCUGAAGAAGCUGAAAGUGGAACGCGUUAUUUGGUGUAGGGACAAGGAAAACGUGUAUUACGAGGUGAUAUUUCCUGUACCAGCUGGGGAACCAUGCGAGAAUUGCCUCCACUGGCUCACGGAAAUGGGGAUCGGCGUGAAAAUGAACUCCAUAGUAAGUGCACGUACAGCGGUAUGUGUGGCGUUGAUGCUACACCCAUCAAGGAUGACUUAGCCAGAAGGUUGUGGGAUGUAUCUUCUUAACGUUAAACCUACCGACACUUUGUGUAUACCUAUUUUUACCGUGUGAGGUCAAAAAAUGAGGUGAUUAAUGAAAUAACAGUUUUUAUAAUUUAACUUAGACAAUGGUUAAUUUAUAACUAAAUUUAUAUAAAAUAAUGAACUUGUAUAGAA